AAUACCAGUUUUUCUAACUAAUGGCAGCCAAGGUCGAUGUCACCUUUAACAAAGCCUGAAAAUCAUCAACUUUUGAGAAGAUCGGAGAAAUCUACAGACCCAUAACUGUAUAUUAUCAACUUUAAAUAUGCAAUCUGUGUUCGGAUAUGGCCGUGUGUUGGCUAGAGUCUUAACGACAGGUGUACAUAAUGAGAUCCAACACAUAGCUAAUGCUCCUUCGCCGUUUUCGAAAAAGAGCAGAGAUCUGCAUUUAAUAACAGCCGCGUCUGGCAUAUCGAAAUGUAACAGUGCUCUAUCCUUUAAUACAAAGAGGUCCUGUGGGGACGAUGCUUGUUUUUUAGCUAGUCAUCAACUGGGAGACGUCAUAGGAAUAGCUGAUGGUGUUGGUGGUUGGCGUUCAUACGGUGUGGAUCCAUCACUCUUUGCUGUCUCUCUAAUGGAAGCCUGUGAGCGAUUAGUGACGGAAGGCUCCUUUCAACCCACCCUUCCAAUCCGUCUCCUUGAAGCUGCCUACGAAGAAGUGAUAGAAAAUAAAACACCGCUAAUCGGCAGUUGUACAGCGUGUGUGGUCUGUUUAGAACGAAAUAAGAACCGUGUCCAUACGGCAAACUUAGGGGAUUCUGGUUACGUUGUUGUGCGACACGGGGAAGUUGUCGAAAGAUCUGAAGAUCAGCAACAUUAUUUUAAUACACCUUUCCAACUAUCAGUAGCCCCUCCUAAUCUACGUCACUUGACACUUUCGGAUUCUCCCGCUUCCGCUCGAACCUCAGUAUUCGAUGUACACGAUGGCGACGUUAUACUCGUUGCUUCAGAUGGUCUUUUCGAUAAUCUUACAGACGAAAUGAUACUGCAUCACGUUAGACGGAUGACAACAAAAACUUAUGAAAAUGACUUGAGAAAUACGGCCGUAUCCCUCGUAGAACAUGCCCAUACUUUGGCCUCCGAUCCCGAUUACUUAUCUCCCUUUUGUCAAAGUGCCGCUAAAAGCGGAUUAAAUCUAAAAGGUGGAAAACCAGACGAUAUAACCGUUCUCUUAUCAAGAGUUUCCGCAAGGAAUAGUCAAAAGUCUAUGUUUGACGAAGUUAAGGCUAAAGUGAAGGAAGAGAUGGCCAAGAGGAAUGAAACUGUGGACGAUCUCAUCAGAAAGCUGUGUAAGAAACGAAAUAUGAAAAAUUGCACUGGAGUAGACGAUGGUAGCAAUUCCGUUAGGAUCAAAGCAACAUUACGCCCUGGAAAAUGUAUAAAAAUAUGCGAAGAUCUACCGAAUAUGUUAAAAAAAGCUUGCGAACAAUCGCACGAUAGACCAGUUUGCGGAAAAGUUGAUGAAGUAUUCGAAAACCUUGAAGAUAUCGGCCCAGAAAAGGUUGCUGAUGCUGUCUCCGAAGCGUGCUGCGAAUACAAGUGCUCCCUUGCACAUCUUGCCUUCUUUUGCUGA